CGGUUUAGCAGAAGAUGCGCUGCGUCCAUACUGCGGUCAUUACGGUCCGCACCACGUGACGGCAGCACACAGAGCGAGGCACCGGCAGACCGACCGACCGACCGGGUUAUCUGUCCAUCCUGCAGCGCGGCGCACGGAUGAAACACCGGUCACCUUCAGAGCAGCAUCACGGGAAAAGAUCCCGUGUUCCCGCCGCGGCUGCCUCCACCUCACCGCAAGACGGAAUGGAGGACAAAACACCACAGAAACCGCGGGAACUCACCCAGAAUCCCCUGAAGAAGAUCUGGAUGCCGUGUAAAAAUGGCCUUCCCGAAAAACACAUUUCUCAAAGAAAGGUAUGUAUGACCAACUGUCCCACCCUGAUUGUGACAGUGGGCCUUCCUGCCAGGGGGAAGACCUACAUCUCCAAGAAACUGACCCGCUAUCUUAACUGGAUCGGAGUUCCCACCAGAGAGUUCAAUGUCGGACAGUACAGGAGAGAGUGUGUGAAGAUCUAUAAGUCCUUUGAGUUCUUCCGUCCAGACAACGAGGAGGGGUUAAAGAUCAGACGACAAUGUGCUUCAGCAGCAUUGAACGACGUGAGGCAGUAUCUCACAGAAGAAGGAGGCCAAGUUGCGGUCUUUGAUGCAACAAACACCACCAGAGAACGGAGGGAAACCAUUAUCCAGUUUUCAGAGCAGAAUGGCUUUAAGGUGUUCUUUGUAGAGUCUGUGUGUGAAGACCCAGACGUCAUACAGGAGAACAUAGUGCAAGUGAAGCUUGGUAGCCCCGACUACACCAACUGUAACACAGAAGAAGCAGUGGAAGAUUUCAUGAAGAGGAUCAAGUGCUAUGAAAACUCCUACGAGACGCUGGACGAAGUCUUGGACAGGGACCUCUCCUACAUCAAAAUCAUGGAUGUGGGUCAGCGGUACAUGGUCAACAGGGUGUUGGACCACAUCCAGAGUCGGAUCGUCUACUACCUCAUGAACAUUCACAUCACGCCGCGCUCCAUCUACCUGUGCCGCCACGGCGAGAGCGAGCUCAACGUCAAAGGUCGAAUCGGCGGAGACUCAGGCCUCACACCCAGAGGCAAAGCUUUUGGGAAGAAGCUGAGCCAGUUCAUCCAGUCACAGGGCAUCAGCGACCUUAAGGUGUGGACCAGCCAGAUGAAGAGAACCAUCCAGACAGCUGAGGCCCUCAAUGUGCCUUACGAACAGUGGAAAGUCCUCAACGAGAUUGAUGCAGGCGUGUGUGAGGAGAUGAUGUACGAGGAGAUCCAGGACAACUAUCCUCUGGAGUUUGCUCUAAGGGACCAAGACAAAUACCGCUAUCGGUACCCGAAAGGAGAGUCCUAUGAGGACCUGGUGCAGCGGUUGGAGCCGGUCAUCAUGGAGCUGGAGCGGCAGGAGAACGUGCUGGUCAUCUGUCACCAGGCUGUCAUGCGCUGCCUGUUGGCCUAUUUCCUGGACAAGACAGCAGAAGAGCUGCCGUACCUGAAGUGUCCACUGCACACUGUGCUGAAGCUGACGCCGGUGGCCUAUGGCUGUAAGGUGGAGUCAAUCAGCUUAAAAGUGGACGCGGUCAACACACACCGUGAAAGACCAGAGAACGUAGAAGUGUCACGGAUGUCAGAGGAGGCUUUGCUUACGGUGCCAGCUCACCAGUGAGGCACUACCCCUCACCCCCAACCUCCUUUUACCUUUCUUUAUGCACAAUGUUCCCUUCAGAUGCACAAUGUACCUGCCAAACUCAGAAAACUCUAGCUAUUUUCUUCUCCACCUUCCUUCCAUUGAAUUACUCGUCACCAUUCUUAUCUUAUUUUUAUCUUCACAUAUAUUUUAAGACGUGAUGAUGGUGGUAAUUGACUGGAAUCCAGUUUCUAAUUUUGAUUAUCAAUCCAAUGACACGCAUCCCGUGUCGCACACGCUCUCCUAUUUUUGGAGAAAUGAAUGAAUGAAAAGCAGAUGAAGCUUUUCCUUUUCUUCUUUGAACUGAUGCUGUAAUCCUGACUGUGAAGCAAUGAAACUCCAGCACCUUUUUUUUUUUUUUUUUUUUGGAACAGACUGUGUAGUUUAUUUUUCUCAUUGAUCUUGUCUGUUAACUUUGAUCAGUGUCUCAUCACUUUAUAUUUCUGUUGAUAGAAGUCGGGACACACUAAUCUUAGUUUUUAAAACAUUGCACAACACAAAACAAGAUUGUGCUUUUUCUAUUUUGCACAUUAAAAAAAAACAACCUCUCACGCUUUGUCUCUGGUUUUGGGAUGUCUAACACUGUCUAAUGAAGGCUGUGGAAGUACACACGUACUGUUUUUAUUCUGUUAUUUUGUGAACAAUAAUGUGAAGGUUCUCAGUAUAUUCAUUGACCACAAAUAAGAAGACAUUUCUGUUUGUUUCUGAAUAAACUCCACUCAACCAUUUCCUGAAUCCUUA